GUGGGCCAAAAUAUCUUUUCCCAUCUCUUAUUCAUCUGUGCUGUUCUCACUCUAUAGUCAGUUAAUAGUUCAGCUAUACUAAAAUAAUUAAAUAACUAAAGAUAAUAAACAAAGCAAAAGUUGUAAUUAUUUCUAAUUGGCAAUACGGAGAAAAAAUUAGAACAUUAAUUAAUACUAAGUAUAUUCCUAACAACUCUCUAGUGUCUACAAUGGUUUGCCAAGGCCCUGAACCGCCAGAUAAUUCUGAACAAAACUUAACGCCGCCCCCUAGACACGAGUUAGUAACAAAUGGGCAUCCUGAAGAUAGCGAUGAUGAACAAAACGAACACUUUGGAUACGAGCCGUUACCUCAAGGUCCCGAAGCAGUACAUUCCGAUCAUGAUAGUGAUGACGACUGUGUCAUAAAUGAAGCUCAGACAGGAGUUACCCCACCUGACAUUCCUCCCAUUGAACCUAUGGAGAGUAUACUAGCUAGAGAGGUAUGGUGUGCACCAAGAACUUCAGAUCCUAUACAGAUGGACAACGAAAGAGCUCAACAGGUAAUGUUGGCGAUGGCCAAUUUUGCAUUACCUCAGACAUCCAUUCCUGAAUGGGCUCAGAGUAUAACAGAAGAACAAUGGAAGCAAACAUUACAAGAUAGAAUAGAAAAACUAAGAGAAAAUAGAUAAAACAUAAAGUAACUACACUAGAAGUUUCAUUCAAUAAAUUAAUAGAUAUGAUAAAAUUAUAGAUAUGUUAUAAUAUCAUUAUAUGGUUAUUAUAAUAUAAUUUAUAUUGUUUAAACAUUUUUAUGUAUUGAUCAUAUUAAGAGAUAGAUCAUUUAUACAAUCAUGUAUAAAAGAUAAUAAAAAAAUUAGUUU